AAAAGUACUCAUUUGGUUUAUCUCCACGUGAUCUGAUCCAUUUGAGGAUCCAUAUCUACGGCUGAGGAAUGCACGUUCAACUGUGACCUAGUGAGAAAUCAGGGAUGCUCCCGUUCAUCCGUCCUCCUGACUAGUCUGGCAUUCUACUGUCGUCAAUAAUAAUAUAUCAACAUUUCUUCCUAUUCGUGCAAAGCUAUCUCCAUUUAGGUCUGGCGAUACCACUACGCGAGUACCUCUGAGGCCAUCCGUUUGAUAUAGAUUCUGUUUGCGCGGAGAACAUCAGGCUUUGAUUUCAUUCGGCGGAAUCUUAUCUAUCGGCAUCUAGUUAGCCAUGUUUUAUUUCUAGGGGCUCUGCUAAUCGUAUUUUUGGGUGUACCCUUCGUUCACUCGCAGUAUCCACCCAGAUCUCACAAUGGCUCCCAAAAGAGUUGCCAUUGUUGGCGGAGGUUCUUCCGGCCUAGCUGCAUUCUGGGCCCUGAAAGACACUGGGCACGAAGUCCAUCUUUUCGAGGCCGCGAGCAGAUUGGGAGGUCGUACACAUUUAUUUCAGUAUGAGAAAAGAGGAAAGCAAAUUGGGGUUGAUACAGGACUUGUAUAUUUCAAGCCUUCCACUUCACCAAAUCUACACGCAUUUCUGCAGGAGCUUCAGAUACCUUGCCGCGACACCAAAUUCUCAGUGUCCUCGUUUCAGAUCCGGGAUUCAUUUGAAUGGAGAACCACGUCGCUAUCCGCUAUUCUCUCCCGCAACCUAUUCCGGAUAGAUAUGUGGAGGAUGUUGAUUGAUGUUGCGAGAUUCAAUCAUUUUGCUCUCGAUCUAUUGAGGAGUGGGCAAAUCACCAAAAGACAACGAUCUAGAAGGCGGAAGAACUCCAAGCAGCCCCAAAAUCAUGAACAGUCUGAGCAGAGCAUCGGCGCAUACCUGGCCAACGAGGGCUAUUCGAAUUCUUUCCGCGACCACUACAUAAUUCCACUUAUUUCCGUUUUGUGGAACGUCAACAACGCAAAGGAUGCAUUGGAACUUCCCAUAGUUCUUCUUCUACGCUUCAUGGCGGACUGCGAUCUCCUCCGGAGCUCUUUGUUUUGGUCAAAAUGGAUGUGUCUAACGGGUGGUAUUAAUGAAUUCGAGGCCGCAAUUGCAAAUAUCGCACCCGCUGGAAGAAUUCAUUGCAAUACGACCAUCAAUUCAAUUAAAAACAGUGACAGGCCUGGAUGGUUAGCAGUGCAAUGGGAUGAAGGCCAUAUAGAAUAUUUUAAUCACGUCAUCAUCGCGACGUCGGCGUAUGACGCUUUAAACUUGAUAUCAGCCGGGGCGACUGAUGUGGAGGUAAGGGCACUGGACGGGUUUAAAACAGCUAGGACUGUCGCUAUCCUGCAUUCCGAUACGACGCUGAUGCCGAAGCGAAAACGCGUCUGGGCGACUUUUAACCACAUAACGAAAUCCUCGCAACCCAAUUAUCUGGACACUAGCCAAUUCUGCACCUCCUAUUCUAUGAAUAGCCUACAAGGCCUCUCAGAAGAAACAUUCGGUCCCGUCAUUAUAACCCACAAUCCAGUAUCUCCUCCCCACCCACUCCGGGUGCAGGGAAUAUGGGAAUACCCACGCUUCAUGUUCAACAAUCGUGCACUGAAAUCACACGAAAUUCUCCAACAGAUCCAAAACACGCGCGGGAUUAGUUACUGCGGCCCGUGGACCGGAUACGGGCUGUACGAGGAUUCGGUUCAGAGUGCGUUUCAGGUAGCAGUGGAUCAUUUAGGAGCCGAAUUGCCGUUCAGGGUCAUGGGCAGCAAUGCACUUGUUUCUUCAUCAGAUGCCGUGAAACGAUUGCAAGUUGAAAUCUUGACCAAAAGAGAGAGACUGGCUAGGUUGCUUGUAAGGAUUGUGUUGGUGAUCUACUGCUUUCUGGGGAUUGUGAGACGGGUUGUGCUCUACUUCCACAGGACAUGGGAGAGGAGGAUGGGGAGGAUGAAGGACAAGAGAGGAAGGGAAUAA